CCAGGGAGGGGGCUGAAGAACAAAACAAUGACACUGCUCGGACGGAUCCAAACCCAGUGACACUUUUUAAAAAGAAUAAAGACAUUGAAACGGAUCCCCGCGGGUUCAGCUCCCGGUUUGAAGAGUCCUCAGCUGUUCGCAGCUCUUUGCCGUCGUGUGCUGUGUUUGUUGAUGUGUUGUUCCAGCUCAGUUGACAGACAAGGAGGCUAACUGCUGCUGCUGCUGCUGCUGUGGACGGCUGCGCUCUGCCAGGACUCGCUGCCCUUGUAAUAACAGACUUUAUCUGGGUAAUAACACUUGAAUCUGUGCGUCAGGACCAGCCAGCUGUGAGCCCAGUCUUCCUGUGCGGAUGCCACUUUAUUUAUCGAGUUUUCUAGCUAGCUACUGAGGGCGAGUUUGCUAGCCAACUAGCUAGCUAGCCUGUUGUUGUUAGCGUCAACGUUUGCACAUUCAUCUCUUCAGGGAGAGAUUAUCGCCUCGCUCGGUCUGCACAGGUGUCUGUUUUACUCUAAUACUUUUAUAUCUGAUAGACCGGGAUAUGUUUUAGCUAACGAGGCAGCUAAAUGCUAACUUCAACAAGCUAGGUGAUAGUUGUAAUACUGAUCUGUUGUUACCUAGGGAGACGCCUUUCCCCCACUUUAUUCUAGUUGCACUACAUUAUAUUAUCAAAGCUGUUUUUGUAAUUCAUGAUGCUAAGAGGGAUUUUAUAAAUUGCACCCAUUGUAGUUACUGUCAGCAGCUCUUUUAAGUAGGUUUUUGUAUUUUGGAAACUUCAGUUGCCAGUAUUAGUUAUAUGUGGUGCUUUUUGCAAUAAUAGCAAUUGGAAAUAGCUGGUACUGCUGUCAAAGCUGUUCCAACAAGCACUGCUCUGUGUUCAAGUUUACCUUGUAGGAAACGAUGAGCGGGCAUGGCUCAUCUUUAGAGAAAGGAGUAAACACCAGUCUAAUAUGUCAAGAAAGUUAUGUCUGUGGUGGCUCCGAGGAGGCCGCCUUCGAGUGUAAUGAGUGCAAAAGCCUGCAGUGUGUUCGCUGUGAGCUGGAGCUCCACAGUCAGGAGCGUUUGAAGAACCAUGAGAGGGUUCAGAUCGUCCCCGGGCAUGUCCCGUACUGUGACAACUGUAAAGGAGGUAAUGGAGACAAUGGCAAGCGCCACAGGUCUGUGGUCCGCUGCCAGAAUUGCAAAGUUAACCUGUGCCAGGACUGUCAGAAACGCACCCACAGUGGAGGCAACAAGAAGAAACACCAGCUCACAUCUUAUCCUCCACCCCCCAAACCUGCAGAGGUCAUUACUGUCCAAACACCUGUUCCGCCCGCUGUUCAAAUAGCAGACGAGAUCAACUCCCAGAGGUCCAGACUCCUGGAGAAGGUUUCCAGCUUUCUAUUGGUUGAUGAGAAUGAGGAAAUGCAGAUAAAAGAUGAAGCUUCCUUCAUGAAGAGCCUGAGCUGCUUCCCUGACCAGCUCCUGAAGGUGGUGGCAAUCUUCGGUAACACUGGAGAGGGCAAGUCUCACACCCUGAACCACACAUUCUUCAUGGGAAGAGAAGUGUUCAAGACCUCUCCCACACAGGAGUCGUGCACGGUGGGCGUGUGGGCAGCGUUUGACCCCAUCCACAAAGUCGUGGUCAUCGAUACAGAGGGUCUGCUUGGAAACAGUUCAAAACAGGGCCAGAGAACCCGUCUCUUGCUCAAGGUGCUCGCUAUCUCCGACCUUAUCAUUUACCGUACCCACACCGACCGUCUCCACGAUGACCUCUUCAAGUUCCUCGGGGAUGCCUCGGAUGCCUACUUGAAGCAUUUCACCAAGGAGCUGAAGGCCACGACAGCCCGCUGUGGCCUGGAUGUCCCGCUGUCCACCCUGGGCCCGGCGGUGGUUAUCUUCCAUGAAACCGUUCACACUAAGUUGCUUGGCUCAGAUAAGUCAUCUGAGUCUGUAGACCGGCUGCUGUCGGAGCGCUUCAGGAAGCUUUCCCGUUUCCCGGAGGCCUUCAGCUCUGUUCAGUACUGGGGCACGCAGACCCUCAACCCCCCCACCGACUUCCGUGGCCUGCAGAAUAAACUGGAGCAGCUCCUGGAUAACAACGCCACCCGCUCCCCACGCACCCCUUUGGUCAUCUUCAAAGCCCUGCAGGCACUGAGCGAGCGCUUCAGUGGGGAAAUUGUAGGUGAGCUGACGGCCCUCAGCUGCUUCUUUCCUGAUGAAUACUUCACCUGCUCCUGCCUGUGCCUCAGUUGUGGUUCUGGCUGCAAAAACAGCAUGAACCACUUAGGAGAGGGAGUGGGCCACGAGGCGAAGCAUCGAUGUCGUUACUCUGCUCAAUAUGAUAAUCGCAUUUACACCUGUAAGGCUUGCUAUGAAGGAGGAAAGGAGGUCAUCGUUGUCCCGAAGACCUCGGCCUCCUCAGACUCUCCAUGGUUGGGCCUCGCCAAAUACGCUUGGUCUGGGUAUGUUAUUGAAUGUCCCAACUGUGAUGUGAUCUAUCGGAGUCGUCAGUUCUGGUAUGGGAACCAGGACCCUGUGGAUACAGUUGUGCGAACGGAGAUCCAGCACGUAUGGCCAGGGUCGGAUGGCUUUUUAAAGGACAAUAGCAAUGCAGCACAGCGUCUUCUGGAUGGAGUCAACCUAGUGGCCCAGUCUAUGUCAGAGCUCAGUGUCAAGCCUGCUAAGGCCGUCACCUCUUGGCUGACGGAUCAGAUCGCCCCGGCCUACUGGAAACCCAACUCCCUCAUCCUGGUGUGCCAUAAGUGUCAGGCAGUCUUCCAGGACAACGACAACAAGCAUCACUGCCGUGCCUGUGGGGAGGGCUUCUGCGAUGGCUGCUCUUCCAAAGCCGCGCCCGUCCCUGAGAGAGGCUGGGGUCUCGCCCCUGUCAGAGUCUGCGAUGUCUGCUUCGAGCAGAGAGCCUCGUACGAAGAGCGGCUUGAGGCAGAACUUGAUGAGGAGGAAAGUGGAACCUUGGCCAGGAAAGUUGGAGAGGCGGUUACCAACACCAUAGGGGUUGUGGUGACGGCUAUUGACAUCCCACUUGGCCUGGUGAAAGAUGCUGCCCGUCCUGCGUACUGGGUGCCUGACCAGGACAUCCUGUCCUGCCACAACUGCCAACGUGAGUUCACUGCCAAACUGUCCAAGCAUCACUGCCGCGCCUGUGGCCAAGGAGUGUGCGACGACUGCUCCCCGGAGCGUCGGCCAGUUCCGUCGCGUGGCUGGGACCACCCCGUGCGCGUGUGCACCAGCUGCAACCAGAAGCCCGGAGAACUUUAACGGGAACGGCCUUCCUUUCCUCAGAGCACCGGAGAGAACCACUCACCCACCCAGCUAGCAGUCUGCCACUGCUUUACCUCUGUUACUCCAAUGGUUCUGUCUUGUGUCUGCGGCAAGGAAGUUUCUAGGCAUAUAUGUUUAGAUAUAUAGGACAUUUAGAUGAUAUGGGAUUUCAGAGUUCCUGUGGCCUUUUGUAGAACAGCCAGAACACGUGAGGUACUUGACUUGAGUGUGAAACCUGCCUUUCCACUCAGACUGAAUACUUUGAUUCUUUAUUGACACAAAUCCCUAAUUUUAUGUUAAAUAAGGCUGUUCAGCUAUUUUUCUACUAUCAGAAAGUAUUUAAAAAAAAUGCAUAACUUAAAGAAUAUUAGGUAGUCAAGAACCCCAUGGGGUUGUGUGAUUAGUUUCCAGUAAUUCUUAUAAUCGAGUGUUGUUUCUCUGAUGUAGUACGUGUAAUGGCAAGGAGAUAUUUUAUAUCCGUGCAGGUAUACCUGCUCCAUUGCAUGCUGUAUUGCAACAUUUUUUUUGUUUUGUUAUUGCACUAAGCCUUUUUCAGCUGUUAUAGGCUGUUGCUUACCAUGGCCAAAAAGCCAGAUAUCCAGAUGAUCAAGUCGUCUGUCCCAAACUCGUCUGAUAUCCAAGGUCUGGAGCGUGGAUAUCUGGUGUGCCAAAAGUCAUUCAGGUCAAUAUGUCUGUGCUGGAAUGAUGUUUUAAUUUUUCUCAUGUCAUUUUUGGUUGUAUGAAGACAUAUAACUAUGUUAGAGGAGUGUAUAUUUGAAAUCUUGAAAAUUAUUUAUAUAUUGAAGAAAAACAAAAAAAUAACCUAUUAUCACUCUGGCAUGCAUGACAGUCCGAGAGUUCCAUGGCCUUUUAACUUGCUCAGAGGACAGGCUCUGAAGAAACCUCACUACUUCUUUUACCAAGCCGUAUUUUAUUAUAUACAUGUUAUAAAAUGUAGUUAUUUUGUGUGUUCAGAUUGUUUUUUUGACAAUUCUUUUUUAUUUGCUUGUGUGUAGCAAACAUCAUUGUUUUUCUGAACUGAAUAAUAUCUCAAUGUAUCAUUUUUUGUUAUGUUAUUUUCAUGCCUCCGGGUCUCUGUAGACACAAUGACUGUCCUCCUGACGAAGCUCAACAGAUUUUUGUUCAGCUCAUCAAAGCUUAGUUUUUCCAUUAUUUUACAUUUGAUAUGGAAAAGUAUUAUAUAUUUUUGGUAGACAUCAGUUACUGUAUGACUACUUAUACUUUGUAGUGACCACACGUGAACCACCCUUUUUCCACAUAAUUUUGGUUUUGUCAAUGUUACACUGAAAAACAAAGUCUCCAAUGUGGCAAUGACGAAAUAUUCAAUCAUAUUAAGUGACUAAGAGCUUUAACUUGUCUUGCAUCAUUUUUGUGUUAUUGAGACACAAUGUGGCAUACAAAGCACAAGGUGAUGCCUUUAACACAUGCUUGUAUUUUAUUGUUAAAAAUUAGAGGGACAAAAAAAAAAGGGGUUUGUGUCGAUUGUAAGCUUUGUAGAUAAAGUUGCUUCUCCCUUUUCUGCUCCUUACGUGGAACUUUUUGGUUCUGAUGUCUGAUGGGAACAUGUUGUGUCUGCUUCGUCUCAAAAUAGAUUUAUCUUGUCUGAAUGUUGCAUCACACACACACACACAUGCCUCUGAGACGCUAAUAUUGCACAGGGGUAGAAUAGGAAAUACAUCAUGUCAGAUCACUUGUGCAGGACUUUGUUCUCCUGCAAAUAUGUGCAGUGUGUCGCUUCAGAUAUCCUUUGUGGUGUCCAGUAUUUGUAUUUUUUUCCCAUAGAUUGGGUGCAACUAGGAACACUCACUUGCACACUACAUAUCGAGUGGGAAUGACUGUGCGUUUUAAAAAUGUGGGGAACUAACUUGAAACGGUGGAUGUGUGCUGAAUUGGUGGAAGAUUUGCAUAUGAUUAAAGUUGUAUCAGCUCCCUUCUGUCAUAACAGAACAUG